UACCACCAGAAUUCAGACUUUGUUUCAUUCCGUUUCAUUCCAGCUUCGUGCGCCUAAGACGUAUCAAGAAGUGCGAAAAACACGCCUCUUUUGAUAUAAAUACCAAUUUAAUUCCGUAAAAUCACUGAACACUAUCAUACGGGCACCUCUGAUUAUUGUUCACUAGCCGUUUUUCAGUAGUUGUUACGUCUUCCGUUUCUUAUCACAAUGCUGCGGAGAAAUGCUGUGCACCAUUUUACUUGCCUCCAAAAAUUUAGAGCAGUUCAAAAAAUGGGGUUGAAAAAUUGUCAUCCUCUAUCAACAAAAUCAAAUCUGCAGUCUACGGCCGAAAACAACGAAUCGCACGAUGAAAAAUGGAAAACUAUUUUCUGCAGAAGUGAUUUAUUCCCAGAGAGACACAUCGGGCCACGACGAGAUGAACAGCAAGAAAUGCUCUCAAUCCUGGGAUUUCGAACUCUGGAUGACUUGAUAGACAAAGCAAUCCCUCUUGGCAUCCGAUACGAUAAGGAACUAGAUAUAGCUGCACCAGUUGGGGAAACUGAACUAAUUGAAAAAGCUCAAGCAAUUGCUGAGAAAAAUGAUGUUUGGAGAAGUUUCAUUGGCAUGGGUUAUUACAACUGCUUUACGCCUCACACAAUUUUACGGAAUGUAUUCGAGAAUCCAGGAUGGACCACUCAGUACACUCCUUAUCAGCCGGAGGUUGCACAAGGCCGCCUAGAAAGCUUACUCAACUACCAAACUAUGAUCUGCGACCUCACUGGAAUGGACUUGUCGAAUGCGUCUCUCCUUGAUGAAGGAACUGCAGCUGCUGAAGCGCUGACCGUUUGCCACCGGUACAACAAAAGGAAGCAGUUGUUGGUAUCAAGCAAUGUCCACCCUCAAACUAUCGAUGUGGUUAAGACAAGAGCCAAAUCAUUCGGUCUAGAUGUUACUGUUGCAGACGUUGCCUCAGUCAGUCUCGAUAGCAAACAAUAUUCUGGUGUACUGUUGCAAUAUCCUGAUACCAAUGGCGAUCUAACAGAUUAUUCCGAUUUUGUUAAAAUUGCUCAUUCCAAUGAGGUUUUAGUCGUUUGUGCCACUGAUCUCUUAGCUCUCACAUUGAUCAAGCCUCCAAGUACUUUUGGUGCGGAUAUCUGUAUAGGAAACAGCCAACGUUUUGGAGUGCCCAUGGGAUAUGGUGGCCCUCAUGCAGGGUUUUUCGCCUGUAAAAAGUCACUCGUGAGACUCAUGCCCGGCCGCAUGGUCGGCAUUACAAGUAUUUUGUUUCUGUUAUUUAGGGACAUGGAUGGUAAUUUAGCCUACAGGCUUGCCUUGCAAACAAGAGAACAGCAUAUACGCAGAGAUAGAGCAACAAGUAACAUUUGCACCGCACAAGCGUUGUUGGCUAACAUUUCCGCAAUGUAUGCUAUUUAUCAUGGCCCUGAAGGCUUGACAAAUAUUGCAAAGUGCAUUCACCGCCUGACGCUUACUCUCGCUGAGGGUCUGAAGCAAAGAGGAAAUGACGUAAAAAAUGAUCACUAUUUUGAUACAAUCAGAGUCAACCCUAUCGGAUCUCUUGAGAGUGUCAUAACGAGAGCCACUGAAAAGAGAAUUAACCUACGAUACUUUCCAGACAAAACGGUGGGUAUUUCAAUUGAUGAAACAACCUCGGUUGAAGAUAUCGAUGAUCUCCUCUACAUAUUUGGUAGCAGUGAGUCUGCUAAGAAUAUUGUGCUUUCAUGUAACUUAGAAUCAGUCAGCAUAGAAGAGUCAAAGUUCAAAAGAAUUUCAAAAUUCAUGACGAAUCCUGUCUUCAAUACGUAUCAUUCAGAAACUAAAAUGGUGCGCUACAUGAAGAGUCUGGAAAAUAAAGACAUAUCUCUGGUUCAUUCUAUGAUACCUCUAGGCUCUUGCACCAUGAAAUUGAAUAGCACAACUGAAAUGAUGCCUUGUAGUAUCAAGGAAUUUUCAAACCUUCAUCCCUUUAUUCCCAAAAAUCAAACCAAAGGCUACGAAGAACUUUUUCAGGAAUUGGAAAACGAUCUUUGUGCAAUCACUGGUUAUGACAAGAUAUCCUUUCAGCCAAACAGUGGUGCACAAGGAGAAUAUGCUGGCCUUCGUGCAAUUCAACAAUAUCAUGAAUCGAGGAAUGAAGCUCAAAGAAAAAUUUGUCUGAUACCUGUCUCCGCUCAUGGUACAAAUCCAGCCUCGGCUAUAAUGGCUGGAAUGAAAGUGGAACCAAUUAAUGUCACUUCGGAGGGUCGUAUCGAUCUGGCGCACUUGAAGCAUAAGGUGAAUGAACACACAGAAAAUUUAUCGUGUUUGAUGAUAACAUAUCCGUCUACUUUUGGAAUAUUUGAAGAAACUGUUGCGGAUGUUUGUGACCUAAUCCACAGUCAUGGCGGUCAGGUCUAUCUGGAUGGUGCAAAUAUGAAUGCUCAAGUAGGUCUUUGCCGGCCUGGUGAUUUCGGAUCAGAUGUAUCUCAUUUAAAUUUACACAAGACUUUCUGCAUUCCCCAUGGAGGAGGCGGACCGGGAGUUGGUCCCAUAGGAGUAAAAAAACACUUGGCACCAUUCCUUCCAAAACAUUCGAUUGUAACCUUUGGAGAUGAUUUCCUCUAUCAUAGUGAAGGUGGACAUAAUGCAGUUAGUGCUGCGCCCUAUGGAUCUGCUGCCAUUCUGCCGAUAUCUUGGGCUUAUAUCAAGAUGAUGGGUCCGAAAGGAUUGCGCAAGGCAACACAGGUAGCUAUUUUAAAUGCCAACUACAUGUGCAAGUUAUUAGAGGCACACUACAAGGUAUUAUUCAAAGGAUUUGAAUCAAAUCUGGUCGCCCAUGAAUUCAUUCUUGAUGUCCGGGAAUUUAAGAGGACUGCCAAUAUUGAGGCUGUCGACAUUGCUAAACGUCUCAUGGAUUACGGAUUCCAUGCUCCAACAAUGUCAUGGCCCGUCGCUGGAACUUUGAUGAUCGAACCAACUGAAUCAGAGGAUAAAGAAGAGAUGGACAGAUUUUGUGAAGCUCUCAUCCGUAUCCGUCAAGAAAUAAGAAGUAUAGAGAAUGGAAAACUAGAUAGUAAAAUAAAUCCUCUGAAAAUGGCUCCACACACUCAAAAUCAAGUGGCAGAAGAUAACUGGAAUAGGCCUUAUUCUAGAAAAGAAGCUGUUUUCCCAAUGCCAUCAAUCCUAUCAGGGACGAAAAUAUGGCCACGAGUUGGAAGAAUUGAUGAUACUUAUGGUGAUACAAAUUUGGUUUGCACUUGCCCUCCAAUUUUACCCGAAUGCGCUGUUUAAUGAUAAGAGCUGGGUUUGUGAUUAUCUACAUAUUUUUAAAUCAUUGAUUCCAAAUGUUCCUGCGAGAACCUUGUAGAAAAUUGCCGGAUACUCAAUGGGUCUGUUGCGCGCAAAAGAUACAGCCAACUGCAUAUUCUUUUGAAAGGUAAAUUCACAUGAAAAUCACGUUGGGGACAUCGAAAAAGUCUGAAACUCACUCCUUCGGGCAAUCUGCGUAGUUUGUAACACGCUUUUUCAAAUUUACCACGUAUGCAAACAGUUUUUCUCGGUGGUCAGCAGUUAGGUUUCCGCGGAGAGAAACCUAACCUGAACAAUAUCGCCAACUGUUAUAAACUCUCCUUGUGUAAGAUUUUAAUUGAUUCAAAGUUUUUGUUUUCGCAAAAUAAAGUAGGAGAAAGGGAACAAACUUUUGAAAAGGAUUGAAAUUACAUGACAGAAAAAGUUAGUAAAAUCGUUUGUUUCCUUAGGUCACAACUUUCACGCCUCUGCCCGUGCAAACCUGGUCGGUGAUGACUGAGAAAAACUGCCCGCAGACGCGGGAAAGUUGAAAAAGCGUGUUACUAACUACGUAGAUUGCGCGCAAAGGAACGGAUUUCAGACUACUUUGUCGUACCCAAAGUGAUUUUCGUGCGAUUUUACCUGAUUAGUGUAUCUUAAUUCGGCUGUAUCUUUUGUGUGCAACGGACUCAUCGCACAUUUUUGUUAUCUUGAAAAUUCUACUUCUCUACAGCGAUGACAAAAUUUUAAGUACGUUGCUGUAAGUGAACAGUGGAGGGUUUCGUCAGAGAAGAAGGGGAGACAAACUCUUCAGGUAUGUCUAUGUGCUGGUUAUUUUUAAAUCCGUGUUUAGUUAAGAAAAAGAAAAACAAAGAAAAGCAAAUGGAAACAAACAGAUUAUCAAGAGAAUGGGGGUUACUGAAACCCAGUUAAAUGUUUGUAUGCAACUCACUUAACUGGCUUACUUUUUGUUGAACAUGCAUUUCUAAUAUAUCUUUUUGAUUUUUAAAACUGUAGAGAAAGUUUUGUGUGGAUAAAAGGUUGCAUGGAAAUUAAAUAAUAAGAAAUUUUUCUUUUUUU